AUGUCGAGCUUAGAAAAUUUGACGAGCUUACGGAAAAAUUUCAAUUUAGAGAUCGAUGAGGAGCGAUGGGAAUUUUUCGAUCAACUUGAUUGUUUGAUCAGCGAUUGGCCGGACCAACUUCCUAAUCUUCGAGAUAUUUUUCGUCCCGAAGAAAUUGAGUGUCUUCUCUUUCUGUCUAUAAGAUACAUGCUGUCUUCGCACAUGUUCGAAGACAAAAGUUAUUAUCAGGGAGAACGAUUCAUCGACUUCGUGGUCCGUAGCGGCUACAAGGACGAGUCCAAAUUUGACGAAGAGGGCAAGCCACCAUCGCUGUGUCGCACCACACCCCUGCAUUGGGCCUCCAGAAACAGAUUUCUUUAUCAGGAUAUCAUGAUCCGUGAGCUUUUUAAAGUUUACGACAGGUUCGACUUGAAUUACACCGACGAGUUAGGACUAUCGCAUUUCCACAUAGCCUGCGAGUCUGGCUGUGACGAGGUCGUCGUGAAAUUCCUCGAGCUCGGCCAGGACCCCAAUCUCAUCUGGCCAGAAACGGGCUACUCACCGCUUCACUUGGCCUUAAUCAACAAAUGCUACGAGGUGGCCGAAUCUUUGCUGAAGCAUGGCGCUAAUCCUAAUUUGGCCGACGAUGAGGGAUCGACUCCUCUGCAUCUUUUUUGCAUUGGGAGCGACGACGACGAUGACGACGGUAGCAUGGCGGAGAAGUUCUUCAAGAUCAUCGACGACCGACAUGAGCCGUUGCUUACCGACGCUCAAGAUAAAUUGGGUACCACACCUUUGCAUUUGGCUCUGGUCAGAAGAUACACGAAGAUGGUCCAAUUACUACUGAAAAGGGGCGCCAACCCGAACUUGUCCGAUGCGAACGGAUUGACUCCUCUGCACUUUAGCUGCAUGAGCAUCGACGACGACGACGAUUUGGUGAAGAUGUUGCUCAAUUUCAGCAUCGACGAGCAUCGACCGGUGCAGGUGGAUGCCGUGGACAAUAAGUCGAUCCAAACUCCGCUACACCAUGCUCUGGCCUACGGCAAGAAACCGCGAAUCAUUCGAGCGCUGCUGACGGCUGGAGCUGAUCCAAACUUAGCCGACGAUAACGGAUUCACGGCUCUGCAUACCAUUUGCAAGAGAUACGACGGCGACGAUGCUGAGUAUUCGGCGAUGAUGGAUGUAUUCUUUAAGAUCUGCAAAGAAGUCAAUCGGAUGGUGCAGGUAAAUGCCCGAGAUAAAUUGGGCUGGACACCGUUGCAACGGGCCGUGGCGAGCUUCUUACUGGAUACGAUUAAGGUACUCCUGGAUAAUGGCGCUGAUCUGUCUAACUUUGUCUUUCCCAGUGUGACUCAGUUCACUGAAAAUUUUUCAUCCGAGAGCUGGUUUCAUGUUUCCAGCAAUUCUAAAUUGAUACUAGCGUCUGGUCUGUUGGCCGUCGUCGAACAUCUCGAUGAAAGAGGAUACGAACUGACCGAAAAAGUCGCCCUCACGAUCAUGACAUUGUUUGCCAAUCAUGAAUUAUUCGCCAAGUCGACGGAUCUUGACAAAUCGAUUUAUGAAGACGAGGAAUUUGCUACCGAGGUGAAGAAAAUAAUGAUAAUUCCAGACUUGUCGCUCUACGACUUGAUCCAAUUCCAACCCCAUGAGGCGAAAAAACGACUCACAUAUACCGAUUACUUCAAGUUCUCAUGUGUUACGCCAUAA